AUGGAGGGGCUCACCCUGCAGUUGAGAGUGGCCAGUGGAGCACUGGACUGCUGUUGUGCUGUGUGUUGCCUGCCCAUCUUUGCGUGUAAGACGGCCGGAGCAGCAGGAGUGUGUCCCUGUCUGCCUCUGCUGGACUGUGUGAGCUGCCUACCCCCGGCCUCCCUAGCCAUGAGAGCCGCAGUCAGGGAACGCUAUGGCAUACAGGCAGGCAUUUGCUCUGAUUGUUUCUACGGCUGGUGUUGUUGCCCACUGUCCUGGUGUCAGAUCUCACGAGAGAUCAAAAGGCGAGCGGCCGCUCUUGCCUCCUCAAGGGCCAGCUCUUUGUCUCAAACAUCAUCA